AUGAAUCAUACUUGCCCGUCCGACAACACCGCAGACGUGGACCAAUCCAGUUUCUGGAGCUCCGGGAAUCUGAACUGGGACCAACACCGAAUAGGAUGGGCGAUUGCAGGAGGAUGUGCUGUGCUAACAGUUAUUAUUUCAAUGAUUUCAGUCUUGCGGCAUUGUCGACAUUAUACCAAACCUAACGAGCAGCGUCAAAUUCUCCGAAUUCUUUAUAUGCCACCAGUAUAUGCUGUUAUUUCAUUCUUUUCCUACCGAUAUUUCCGGAGUUACACAUACUACUCGCUCAUCGAAGUCUCAUACGAGGCUGUCACCUUGAGUGCAUUCCUACUCCUUCUGAUCGAAUUCGUGGCAGCCACGGCCACAGAUGGCGACGCCACAAAAGCAAUCGAACGGAAGGAUAAAAGACCUUUACCGAUUCCUUUUUGCUGUUGGAGAUACCGACCAACAAAGCCUUACUUUAUGUAUACCGUCAAGUGGUCAGUUUUGCAAUACGUUAUCAUCCGACCAGCCGUAUCUAUCGCUGGGAUUAUCUGUCAAAUAUACAACGUGCUUUGCGAGUCUGGCCCUUACAGCAUAUAUUUUGCCAAUGUCUAUCUCGAGGUUGUUGAUUUCGUCAGCAUUAGUGUGGCACUUUACGGUCUUUUACUGUUUUACGGACUCACCAAGGAGGAACUGGUUGGGCGACGACCACUAGCUAAAUUUCUUUGUAUCAAGCUCAUCGUGGUGUUCACUUUUUAUCAGUCCUUUAUCUUUAGCGCACUAGAAGGCCGCGUUAUUCAAGCCACCGAAUACUGGACUGCCGGCAAUAUCGCAGAUGGUCUUAAUGCGCUGGCCAUUUGCGUCGAGAUGGUUUUCUUCUCAUUAUUGAUGAUGUGGGCGUACACAGUCGAUGAAUACAAGAUGGUAGCAAACAAAAAGACAGGCAUUUGGCGUCCAUUAUGGGACAGCAUCAACUAUUGGGAUUUUUUCACAGAGAUAUGGGACUCAUUCAAGUUCUUCUUUCACCGUUCCCCUGGCUCCUCGUCAGGUAAGAAGGCAGAUUUUGCUCAGGCAUUCGGGGUCGGUGGCAGGUCAGUGGAAGAUGGUGAUAGAUCAACCGAGGAAUCAAUGAGGUUAGCUCCAUAUCCCUACAGUAAUACCCACAACGCCGACAGCGCCAGUCCCGUGUUGUCAUGA